AAGUACCGCGGACCGCGAACAGCUGUUUACUUUCACAACUUUCUGCUUUCCACAAAACACAUCAUUCCUUGGAGAUCCCUAAAUUCCAAUACUAACCAAGAUGACGGCAACAGCUCCCAUUAUUAUGCGGCUUAUGGCUUCCUCCAUCAGUACGGCCAAGCGGGCCGGUGUGAUCAUACGCGAUGUACUCAAAAAAGGUGACCUAGGAAUUGUGGACAAAGGCCAGAACGAUCCCCAGACGGAGGCUGAUCGCUCCGCUCAACGCUGCAUCAUUGCCUCGUUGACCAAGAAAUUUCCUACCGUGAAGAUCAUCGGGGAGGAAGGAGGAUCCGAUUUAAAUGUGUGCGACGAUUGGCUGGUAAACGAACAAGAUGAAUCCUUCCUGCAGAACACUUGUCCGGCAGAGUGGCAGGAUGCCAAGCCUGAGGAUUUUGUUAUUUGGGUGGAUCCAUUGGACGGCACCGCGGAAUACACACAAGGAUUCGUUGAACAUGUUACGGUGCUGAUUGGAAUUGCUGUCAAAGAUGCUGCGGUGGGCGGAAUUAUUCAUCAGCCCUUCUACAGGCAGUCCGAUGGCGAGCUGGGCCGCACCAUUUGGGGGCUAAAAGGCAUGGGAACUGGGGGAUUUACUCCUAAGGCAGCGCCAGCCGGAAAGUUCAUCAUCACUACCACUCGGUCACAUUCCAAUGCAUUGCACCAGCAAGCUUUAAACGCCUUUCCAUCCGCUGAGGUGAUAAAAGUCGGGGGCGCCGGCUUCAAAGUUUUGCAAUUGCUCGAAGGAAAAGCGCAUGCGUACGUAUUCGCCACGCCAGGAUGCAAGAAAUGGGACACCUGCGCACCCGAAGCCGUGCUCGAAGCCCAGGGUGGAACCCUGACCAACAUCAAUGGGGAGCACUACGCCUACAAUGCGGAUGUGGAGCACGUGAAUAAAAAGGGCGUAUUGGCCAGCCUGGGGCAGAAUCAUUCUGAACUGGUAGAGAAGAUUCCCGCGGAGGUGCGUCAAGCAGUGGGAACCAAAUAAGUGAGUGAGAUCGCCAAAAGUCUCAGCACUUUAUUAGUUUAUUUUCCACUUAAAGUAACUAUAUAAAUUAAGCGAUAACAGAAAAUUAGACAAUUUGAGAAUUUACAAAACUUGCAAGAUUAUUAAAAGUUUAAAUAUUAAAUUAAAACGUUAUUUUUCAAAA